AUGUCCGCCUUGCAUCUUGCAGCAUCACACGGCAAUGAACCUAUUUUGCGGAAACUCUUGAAAGAUGGAGCAGAUAUCAACCUGACCACGGAGUUUUACGGAACCCCUCUGGUAUGCGCAGCAAAGAGAGGUCAUACGGAAAUCAUGAAGCUGCUCAAGAGAAGAGGGGCAGACGUGAAUAUAUCGGGAAGAGAUGGAUUUACCCCUCUUCACUUUGCAGCGGUUGCAGAUCAAGCAGCUGUAAUUUCCUUACUGGCAGACUUCAAGGCUAGCUUUGAGGCUAAGACAAGAGAUGGACACUCACUAUUAAUAUGUGCUAUUAUUAAGUUGCACUUGGAAACCGUGCGUGUCUUGUUGGAUGAAGGAGCAGAUCUUAAUGCAAGAACAACGAAAGGGUUUUCACUAUUACAUAUUGCUAUAACGAUUUUGUUAUGA